GCGUGCUGUUGGGGCGUGGCUUUGGAGCGACGCAGUUAUAACGCGGAAGGUAAACACGUGCCGUACACAGUCCAAUUUUACUUUGACAGAGAAGAUUUUCAUCAUGAGAGCUGUAACACCAGAAACUCAGCCAAAGAGGACUUCCAGGAGGUCCAAGAUUGCCAAACCCGUUGUUGAGAAACGCAGGCGGGAGAGGAUCAACCACAGUCUAGAGACAUUACGACUUUUGUUACUGGAAAAAAUGGAUGAUGAGAGGUUGAAAAAUCCCAAAGUGGAAAAAGCAGAGAUCUUAGAGAGCGUGGUCCACUUUUUGCAAGCUGAAAUUCAGAUGAAGAAGGCUCCACGUUUUGGAAAGAAGCUUCACUUUGAGGAGGAGGCGAGACAACAGAACUACCAGGAUGGCAUGAGAUCCUGUCUGCGCAGAGUCAGCAGCUUCAUCGCAAAUAAAUCACAGGAUUCCGAGCGCCAAAGUCCAAUGAAUUUCUCCCCGAUGUACAUCUCUUCUGGUCACCUCUCUCCUUCGGCACACCUCCCCUCUCCGGGACACUUCGGGAGGGCGCUUUUGUCCUCUCCAUCCCUCUCGCCCUCUCCUUCACUGGGCCAGACUCCUGUGCACUACCCAGUUCACUCACAGACUGCUGCUCGGGGUUAUGACAUAACCCCACAAAAGCUCAGCAGCGACACCGUGUGGAGGCCGUGGCCCCAGUAAAACACUUGAACUGAAAAACAUAUUUUUAUACGUUGCCUUUUGUACAUUUGUAAAUAUGUAAAGGAUUGUACAGAUUUGUACUUUGUACAGAACAGAAGCUCUAGUUUUUUUUUUGUUUUUGUUUUUUUUAGAUGAAAGUUGCACCUUCUUAGUUUGUGUCUGUACUUUUUUGUUGCUGAGAACACAAAUUGAAGCGUGCGUCAAUGAUUUCAAUGAAAUACAUUUGUGUUUUUUACCUUGUGAAAAUGUUUCUGUACGAGUUGAACGUGAAUUUUGUGAAGCCUCUUAAUGAGCAACCUUGUUGUCUGGUACAAUAAAAGUACUUCUCUGCUCUUUCAUCCGAAAG